AAAGCCCGCCCCCUCCCUGCGCUGUCACGUGAUGCUGCCGGGUCCAGCGCCGCUCUGAGGUGGAGCCGCUCCGCCAUUUUCCUGCAGUUUCCCGUUAGCUUGUCAUCCAGUGCCUCGCCGCGGUCAGUCCGUAUCGGAUUACAGGGUGGGAGUGGGUUGUGAAAGGGACCGCCGGACCCACCCCACUCCGCGGCGGGGGCUGAGUGCCCUCCUCCAUGGUUACGUGUGCAGCGCCGGUGGCAUCGUCACUCCGGAGCCCCCCUUCCCCUCAGCGCCCCGGCAGCACGGCCCAGUGAGAGGCACCAUGUCCGGCCAGAGCAUCACCGACCGCAUCACGGCGGCGCAGCACAGUGUGACCGGCUCGGCUGUCUCCAAGACCGUGUGUAAGGCCACCACCCACGAAAUCAUGGGCCCCAAGAAAAAGCACCUGGAUUAUUUAAUUCAGUGCACCAAUGAGAUGAAUGUAAACAUCCCACAGCUGGCGGAUACGUUAUUUGAGAGAACAACCAACAGUAGCUGGGUGGUAGUGUUCAAGUCCCUUAUAACUACCCACCAUCUCAUGGUGUAUGGAAACGAGCGUUUUAUCCAGUAUCUGGCAUCAAGGAAUACACUGUUUAACUUAAGCAAUUUCCUGGACAAAAGUGGGCUGCAAGGAUACGACAUGUCUACGUUUAUUAGGCGAUACAGUCGGUACUUGAAUGAAAAGGCAGUUUCCUACAGACAAGUUGCUUUUGAUUUCACCAAAGUAAAAAGAGGGACUGAUGGAGUGAUGAGGACAAUGAGUACAGAAAAGCUACUAAAGACAAUGCCCAUUAUACAGAACCAAAUGGACGCGCUGCUUGAUUUCAAUGUUAAUGCCAACGAGCUGACAAACGGGGUAAUUAAUGCUGCCUUUAUGCUCCUCUUCAAAGAUGCCAUACGACUGUUUGCUGCAUACAAUGAAGGGAUAAUUAAUUUGUUAGAAAAAUAUUUUGACAUGAAGAAAAAUCAGUGUAAAGAAGGCCUCGAUAUCUAUAAGAAAUUCCUGACACGGAUGACCCGGAUUUCCGAAUUCCUGAAAGUAGCAGAGCAAGUUGGGAUCGAUCGAGGAGAUAUACCUGAUCUCUCUCAGGCUCCUAGCAGUCUACUUGAUGCUUUGGAACAACAUUUAGCCUCGCUGGAAGGGAAGAAAAUCAAAGACUCGACAGCAGCGAGCAGGGCAACAACUCUCUCAAAUGCAGUCUCAUCACUUGCAACCACGAGCCUGUCGCUCACCAGGGUGGACGAAAGGGAAAAACAAGCGGCUCUGGAGGAAGAGCAGGCACGUUUGAAAGCUUUAAAGGAACAGCGCGUCAAAGAGCUUUCAAAGAAACCUCACAGCACCUCCACAACCGCCUCCUCCCCAGUGUCCUCCACAGCGGGCAGUAUAAAUACCACGGCAGCUAUCGAUAUGUUUGCAACCCCUACUUCUCUAAACAGCAAGCUGUCCAAUGACCUGCUCGACAUGCAGCCAACUUUCCAGCCAGCUGUUCAUCCGCUCUCUGCUGUGCCGCAAGUAGCAGGUUCCUGGGCAGAUCCUUUCACCUCUGAAGCUGCUGAUGAUUCCAUUCCAAGUCUAAAUCCUUUCCUCAGUAAAGCUAGCGAGGGUGUCCAGCUACCUGUCGUAUCUACCGACUCAGCUAAUUAUACCGCUAAGACACCUAGCCAUGAAAUAUUUAUUGAUUCUUUCUGUGGUCCACAAGGCUACCCUAACCCAUCCCAUUUCCGCAGUGAGCCCUCUACAGUAGCUGGUCUAUAUGGAGGGUUCACCCCAUCCCUAGCUGUUCAACCACAGACCUCCGGUGGCCUUAAUGUUGAUUUUGAUUCAGUGUUUGGCAACAAAUCUCCUUCCAGUGUUAACGUAGACUCGGCAGCUUUUGAUGAUUUGGGCGGGCUCCUCAAGCCAACAGUAGCCUCUCUGAAUCAGAAUCUUCCCUCCUGUAAGAACCCACAAAACAAACUGGUGUCCGAUGACCUGGAUUCGUCCCUCGCCAACCUUGUGGGCAAUCUGGGCAUUGGCAACGGAACAACAAAGAACGAUAUUCACUGGAGUCAGCCUGGGGAGAAGAAGCUCACUGGAGGGACCAACUGGCAGCCAAAAGUAGCACCUACGACAACAUGGAACCCUGCAACUUUGAAUGGCAUGCAUUUCCCACAAUACGCACCACCAAUAAUGGCGUAUCCUGCAACGACGCCUACAGGAAUUGUGGGAUAUGGAAUGCCCCCAAUGGGACCAGUACCAGUCAUACAGCAACCGCCAUUAAUAUACAACCAGCCCGUGAUGAGACCACCUAAUCCUUUCGGCCCUGUAUCAGGAGCACAGUUGCCUGCGGCGCCCAGCCCCUCCAGCCAGAGUCCUCACAGAGCUCCGGGCGAGGACCGCUACCCACAGCUCUCUUUGCAGGAUUUCUUGUAGGACACAUUAGAUGCAGUUCAUGUAACCCAGCUGGAGGGGGAGCACCCUUAGAAAAGGCAACGCUAAGUAACAAAUCCCUACUUCCAGUUCAAUCCAAGCUGCUGUAAAGCUCUCUCCUCUUCCACGGGAACGGUGGCGGAACAAGGCGCGGCGCUACGAACGACCCGAAGCUUCCCCUACAAGAUAGUCGGAAAGGGGCCCGAUGUAUCCCAGUCUCUCCAGUCAUACAGAGUGAUGGUACCAGUCAUAUAGUGGGGGGGCACAGUGAGAUACCAGGAUGUGCUACGUACUGUGAUUGGCUCUGCUGUGCCAAGUGGGCGGUUCCCUUCGGCCGUCGGCGGGUGAAUCAAAUCACAUGACCCCCUUGUCAUUAAUCAGUACUUUUCUUUCUUCUGCUUGGACACAUAUAGACCGUAAUUGUCAUUAACACUUUCUAUUCCCCCCGCCCGCCCCGCCUUUGAAAUAUAUAUAUACCUCUAUAUAUAUAUAUAUUCAGUUUGCAGUAGACAUUCCUUUAUGUAUUAUUUGUAUUUAUUUAUGAUUAUCAGUUUAACAUUAAUGUAUCAAACACCGUAUGUAUGGAUGUAUACAAUUUCUUUCUUUUUUUUAAUAUGAAAUUCCAUACAGAGCACUAAAUAUUUUUAAGUCCAUAUACUGCUAAUGGGGAGGGCCAGAUUUUAUCCGUCUUUUAAUGGAAUCCCCCAUAGACAUCAUUUUUGUGCCUGGGAUUUUACGAGGGGGGGGGGGGGGGGAGGAGGUUUAUCGAUGUCGGGGGAGGGACACACUACAUUUUAAACCCGAUUUUAUUUGCGGGGUGGGGGGGGGGGGAAGGAAUUUAUCGCUUUGUGCUUGCCAGGUCAUUAUUUCCCAUUCGACAUGGUAACGCCUUUCAAAAUGAAUGUGAGGAAUUGCUUUCAUUGUGUAUUUUCCUUUACGACGUGUGGGAGGGGCUUAUAAUGAAGCCGCCUGAUUGGUGGCAGAGACCUGAAUCGUCACUCUAUAACAAAGUGCCAUAAGCCUAUUCCAUACGUUACGUUUACAAGGGGGAGACAUUUCCUGUAACACAAAGCCAUUCUGGCUAUAAAUUGGCCAGCUGGCCAUAAAUAUAAAAAUAUAUAUAUAUUCCGGUCUCUAAGUGCAGGCAACGGAGCAUUCUAGAUCUCAGACCCAUCUUCGUGGAUCUCUGUGGCUGCUGUUGAGCUUCACCUCCCAAAAGCAUUGGGCUGUUCUAUUUCCAAGCAGGAGUGCAUGCUGGGAGUUGUAGUUCAGGAACAGCCGCAGGUUGAACAGAAGUGGUUCCCUCACCCUGCAGGGGCAGAAGGGCAGCCAUUAGCGACCAAUGAAAAUCCAGUGUGGCCGCCCGGGGUAGUGGGGAUCGGCAGAGCGCGGGCGCUGUUGACCAGCCCCCGCCGUGUAUAUAAAAGUAAGGAAGCCUGGAAGGAAAGUGAACAAUAUGAAAGCAAUUCUGUACAUGAACAUGUACUUGCUGCAUUGUCUCUGCAGAUUCUAUUUUUGUUUAAAAUAUAAAAAGAAAAAACAAUGUAUGUGAUUAAGAAUUGGUGGAUUUUCAAAUAAAUUCAGCUUCAACGAG